AUGGCCGACACAGAAAUAUUUAAUUACACAGAUGUGCAACAGAGUGAACUCUCAAAGUCUUCCCCAGCACUUCUCACAGUCGCGGCGGUGGUCACAGCCAUCAUCAUGGUGGUGGGUCUGUCUGGGAAUCUCCUCACAGUCGUCGCCCUGUUAAAAUGCCCUAAAGUGAGAAACGUAGCAGCUGCAUUUAUUAUUAGUUUGUGCAUAGCUGAUUUUCUAUUCUGUGCUGUGGUACUACCGUUCGCUAUAUCGGGCUUCUGGACCAAGACUUGGUCUCAUGGGGGCGUCUUAUGCAAACUGGUACCGUUUCUACGAUAUGGGAAUGUAGGAGUGUCUCUACUGAGUAUUGCUCUCAUUACCUUAAACAGGUAUAUAAUGAUAGCACAUCACAGUUGGUACUCGCGUGUGUACCGGAAACACAAUAUAGCCCUUAUGAUCGUCUUCUCUUGGAUGUUUUCGUACGGGAUGCAGAUACCAACACUCCUUGGAGUUUGGGGUAAAUUCGACUACGACCCAGAGCUAGGCACGUGUUCAAUAGUGCCGGAUGACAACGGCCGCUCUGCGAAGACGGCACUCUUCGUCAUCGCCUUCAUCGUUCCAGCAAUGUUGAUCUUCAUUUGCUACGCUAGAAUAUUUUGGGUCGUACACAGCUCAGAGCAAAGAAUGCGUGAACAUCAACGUACUCAGCACACGAAACCGAGUAGUACGUUAAAUAAUGGCAGUGACAAACGAUCAACGAUCAAAGAUACGAGGGAAACGAAAGCGCGUCGCAACGAGUGGAGAAUUACGAAGAUGGUUCUCGCAAUCUUCCUGUCUUUCCUCGUCUGCUACUUGCCCAUCACUAUCGCGAAGGUUGCAGAUAGCCACGUACAUUAUCCUGUGUUUCACAUCACGGGCUACCUCCUGCUGUACGCGAGCGCAUGCGUGAACCCGAUCAUCUACGUGAUAAUGAACGCGCAGUACCGAGCUGCGUACGCGGCGGCGCUGUGCUGCCCGCUGUCCCGGCUCGCCGGCCUCACCAGCGGUGCGUAUCCCUCAUCGCCCGCAUGCCACCACGUCAAGAGACCGGAGCAAAUGGAACGAGCGUCACGGAUACAGCUUCAGCAACACGCGAACGGUUCUAAGCCAAGUGUCGCUGGGGGAGUCGAGGGCAGACCCUCGGGGAUCCCUGCCUACCGGAAGGUAGAACAAUCAGGGGUGUUAAAGGGAGAUCCUGGAAGGUCAACGGGAAGUCUACAAAGUCUACGUAGAAAUGAGUCGGUUACCAGCGGGCUAGCGUCGCAUAAUAUGAAGAUAACAAGAUUCGAAAUAGACCAAUAUGGCGCCUAA